CUUUAAAUAAAGCUUGACCCAACAAGAACACACAUCAAUGGCGCACACACUCUCACUCACACAGCCGCAUGCUCUCUCUUCUUCUUCCCUCACCACACCUUCAAUUCAUCACCGCCUUCCAACCUCGUUUUCCCUUAACAACCCGAAAGCAACCACCUUUUCCAUCGCCUGCACCGCUUCUUCUUCAAAUGCGUACGUCGCCGUUUCUAACAACAAUGCACGUUCACCUUCCUCCGUUUCCUCCAUUACCCAGCUAAUUGAAUCGUUGAUUAAUGGAGUUGAUUUAUCGGAAACUGAAGCUGAAGCUUCUCUUCACUUCCUCUUGAAUGAAGCUGAUGAGGCUUUGAUUAGCGCUGUUCUUGUUCUCUUGAGAGCUAAAGGCGAGACUUUUGAAGAAAUUGUGGGGUUAGCAAGGGCUAUGAUCAAUCAUGCUACCAAGGUGGAAGGUUUGCUUGAUGUGGUUGAUAUUGUUGGAACUGGAGGGGAUGGUGCCAACACUGUUAACAUUUCGACCGCGGCUUCGAUACUUGCUGCAGCCUGCGGUGCCAAAGUUGCAAAGCAAGGAAGCCGAUCGAGCUCUUCUGAAUGUGGAAGUGCUGAUGUAUUAGAAGCAUUGGGGGUUGUCAUUGACCUAGGUCCUGAGGGGAUAAGAAAAUGUGUGGAUGAAGCAGGAAUUGGGUUUAUGAUGUCUCCAAAAUAUCACCCAGCAAUGCAGAUUGUCAGGCCUAUUAGAAAAAAGCUGAAGGUAAAAACUGUAUUCAACAUAUUGGGGCCCAUGUUAAAUCCAGCGCAAGCACCUUUUGCAGUUGUUGGGGUAUACACAGAAGAUUUGGUCUACAAAAUGGCUAAAGCACUUCAAAGAUUUGGCAUGAAAAGAGCUUUAGUGGUUCACUCUGAAGGUUUGGAUGAGAUGAGUCCUCUCGGCCCUGGUAUAGUUCUUGAUGUUACACCAGAGAGAAUUGAUAAGUUCUCAUUUGAUCCCUUGGAGUUUGGCAUUCCUCGGUGCACUCUUGAAGGCUUAAAAGGUGGUGGUCCCGAAUACAAUGCAGAGGUUCUGAGGCGCGUUUUAGGCGGAGAGCCAGGGCCUAUUGCUGAUGCUAUUAUUCUCAAUGCAGCAGCAGCUCUUCUAGUCAGCGGCCGCGUAAGGAACCUAGCAGAAGGGGUGUCUGUGGCGCGCGACUCGCAACAAUCAGGAAAGGCUCUAAAGACUCUUGAUUUGUGGAAGGACCUCUCAAAUAAAAUAAAAGAAGAUGCUGUCACUGAAUAAAAGCUCGAAUCAUUUUGAUGCAUGGACUGGCUUUGAUGUACAUUAAUAAUUUAAUAAUCUCGGAUGUAAAAUUAUGUAUCCUUCAGUACUAUUGCCAAAAAAGGAAAAGGUUUUUAGGAAUGUAUAGGGGGAUUUGAAGUUUUCCAUUUUAUUUUUUUAUUGUUUUAUUUUUACAAGAACAAAAGGAGGCAGCACAGGAAAAACAUAUGUUGUGCUGUUUUUAUACAAAUUAUGUCAGAUUUUCAAGAAUAAGAUCAAGUGAAAAACCC